AUGGCUCAAACGCCGAAUAGAGCCAUGACGCCGCGUCCAACCUCGUUACCGACCCCUUCCACUCCCUUCACCUCGUCGCCGCUCACUCCCACCGGGAUAUCACGACUUGGCCCACGGCGACAGUCCCGUUUCACUGAGGAUAUGUCGGAACGAACACCGGCGGCGUCCAUCUCUGAGCGUUCUAUGGACUAUUACUGGUAUGGGCGCUCGGCAGAGGACGUCAACAGUAAUGCUAUGACCAACAACACCAACCCCUUCCCAGCUCCAGAAGUGGAAAAUCCUCCGACGGAAACCGAGGGCCGGGAUUGGAGCAUGUGGUUGCGGUUGGUGAACGGGGUUCUACACGCCAUCCCAUGUCUAGUGUUAUUGGGGAUAUUUGCGUAUGCUAUGCGUGUGUUGCGGGAGGAUAUGGGGAGUUACAGGAGCGAUAUUCUCAUCUGCUUUCUCUUUACGGACGUUGUCCUUGACGUCGUUACAAUCUUCCGGGCGAAGAAACCGUGGCCAGCUUGGGGACUGGGGCUACGGUUCACCUGCGGCAUUGCCUACAUCGCCCAUUUCCUGGUCUACAUGGGGUUGGGAGACCCAUUCCCUCAAGACUACACGUACUGGGGUCUACCCACCCGCUUCGCCGCUCUGGUGGUGUAUAUCCUUCUCUGCGUCGAAGGACUCUGGAAUAUCCUCCACAUCCCCAUCACCCGCUACCAGCUCGGCAACACCCUCCUCCUCCUCCUCGGACGACGACGCACCACCGCCCCCAAAACAGCAGCAGCAUCGCCCCAACCACGCCUCUCCAGCCCCUCGACCCUCACCAACAGCAACCACCCCCGCACGAGCUUCAACCCGCGCUUCUCGGCCGCCGACACGGAGCACUCCUCCAUCAGCCUGACCUGGCGGCGAUGGGUGCGCACGCGCACCAGCAGCAGCACCCAGUGCAGCAGCAGCAGCCACCGCGGCGGCGGCGGCGGCGGCGGCGAUGAUCUUCUCGAGCCCGCCCUUUUUGCUAUGCACGGUGCAGGAGGCGUGGGGUUGGCCGGGGCGGCCGGGAUGGCGGCGGCGCGCGAGCGGCCGUCGGUCGAUGACACGCUGCGCGAACGGCCGGGUGAGGAAGGGGCGGCUGAGAUGGAUGACUGGCGGGGGCCGGGCGAGGCGGCCAGUUCGCGCGUGUCGAGCAGUUUGGGGGGGAAGCUGGAUGAGGUCGGGAGGUGGGGGGAUGAGAAGUCGGAGGGUGUGGUGGGGCGUUCUCUGAGGUGA